GAUUGUGUAAUCACUUGAUAUAACAUAUCAUUUAUUAUAUGUAUAAUACAGUAGUUUUUAGUAUCAAAUAUGGCGUCCUCUCAGUCACAUCAAUCACAUCCUCACUCCGCUGAUGAAGAACAGAGUCUUCGUGAGUGCGAACAAUACGUCCAAAGACAUAACAUUCAACAGAUCCUUAAAGACUGUAUUGUCCAGCUAUGCGUCGGCAGACCUGAAAAUCCCAUCUCUUUUCUCAGGGAAUACUUCCAAGUCUUGGAAAAAGAAGAAGCAAUUAAAGCCAAGCAGAAAGCGCCCACUUCUCCAGAUAACGAUCGCGACGAAGAGUUGUCACCCGUUCCCACUAUGAAUGCACGUAUCAGGAGGGGUGGCGUGUCUGCUGAGACUUACAAUGAAGAUGAUAUCAAAAAUUAUGUUAAAAAGGUUGUGCCCAAAGACGAUAAGGCAAAAGCAUCUCUUGAGAAAGCGAUGUCUAAAAAUGUAUUAUUCAAGCAUUUGGAUGAUAAUCAAAAAAGUGAUAUAUUUGAUGCAAUGUUUGCUGUGAUUCACAAUCCCGGAGAAACUAUCAUCAAACAGGGGGAUGAAGGCGACAAUUUUUAUGUUAUUGAUGAGGGAAUGGUUGAGGUUUAUGUUAACAAUGUAUGUGUCACAAGCGUAGGAGAGGGAGGUAGUUUCGGUGAAUUGGCGCUUAUUUACGGUACACCACGUGCUGCUACAGUCAAAGCAAAACAUAUAGUCAAACUGUGGGCCAUCGAUAGAGAUACAUAUCGACGAAUUCUUAUGGGAAGUAUUAUUAGGAAACGCAAACUUUAUGAAGAAUUUUUAUCCAAAGUAUCAAUUCUUGAGAGUCUGGAUUAUUACGAGAGAUUAACUGUUGCCGACGCCCUAACACCUGUCCAAUUCAAUGACGGCGCCAUUAUUGUAAAACAAGGAGAACCGGGCGAUGAUUUCUAUGUUAUAGAAGAAGGCACUGCAGUAGUAUUACAGCGGCGUUCAGCUGAUGAACCACAGGUAGAGGUGGGAAGACUCGGCAAAUCUGAUUACUUCGGAGAGAUUGCAUUACUACUGGACAGACCGCGAGCGGCAACUGUUGUGGCUAAAGGACCACUUAAAUGUGUCAAACUAGACAGGGCUCGCUUUGAGAGACUGUUAGGUCCCUGCGCUGACAUAUUGAAGCGCAAUUUAGAGCACUAUAACUCACUUAUUUCACUAUCGGUCUAAUAAUUGAUAUAUAAAUAUAUACUGUAUUUGUUUGAAGUGUCGAACUAUUCGCACAAACAAAAAAAAACAAUAGAAAUACAACUUUUAGGUCUUUUAUUAUUAAUAUUUAAUAUAUAAAUAUAUAAAGCGAUUGAACCUCCAAAACAAACGCCUUUUCUUCUACUAAACGGAUUUUGGAAAUAAUAUAUGAUAUCAUUUGAAUGAUUAAGUCAUCGAUUCAUUUGUGAAUUACGGUAAUGGUUUAAUUUCAUCACUUCAACAAACAAACAAACAAACACUCAAUUUGAGCAAAAAGUAAUGCAAACAAUUAUAUAACAAAAUUUUUACAUUAAAUAAGUUAGUUUUGAAUUUUCUAGUCAUCCAAAUGUCUAAAAUAUU